AUGUUUGUUACUCGCUCCAUGGGCUAUUGGUACUCAAUUGAUUUACUUAAUUGGUCAUUUAUAACUCCUGAAAAGUGGUAUUUCCAAGGAUCAAAUGCACCAGCAGCUCAUAAUUACAAUGAUUCUGUUCUAUACGUAACCGGAGAUCCUUCUGGUUCUAUGAGUAUUCUUUAUACGGACAAUCCGAAGAAGGGAGACUGGAAAUCAGUACCAUCGAUUUUAAAUGAUCUACAGGAUCCUGAUUUAUUUAUAGAUGAUGAUGGUAAAGCUUACAUGUUUUGGGGUUCAUCUAAUACAUAUCCUAUUCGAGCACGAACACUUGAUGCCGAAGAUCUAUUUCGUCCUUCCGAAAAAAUAUAUGAAUUAUUUAAUCUCAAUGAAAUAAGUCAUGGAUGGGAGCGAUUUGGAGAAGAUCAUUCUGACACAGUACUUAAAGGGUACAUUGAAGGACCAUGGUUAACUAAACACAACAAUACGUAUUACAUGCAAUAUGCAGCUCCUGGAACAGAAUUUAAUGUUUAUGGAGAUGGUGUUUAUUUAAGUAAUUCACCACUUGGACCAUACCAUUAUGCACCAAAUAAUCCUAUUUCAUAUAAACCAGGGGGAUUUAUGAAUGGAGCUGGACAUGGUAGUACUGUAAUUGGACCUAGAAAUAUGUAUUGGCAUUUUGCAUCAAUGGCAGUGUCGAUAAACGUUAACUGGGAAAGACGUAUAUGCAUGUUUCCCACUUAUUUUGAUAAAGAUGGACUGAUGUAUAGUAAUACUUCUUUUGGUGAUUAUCCGCAUUUCGCUUCGGUGGCAAUUGAUGAAAAAAAAAUGGGAGAAUUUACAGGAUGGAUGUUACUCUCAUAUAAAAAGCCGGUUAAAGUAUCUUCUUACUAUAGUAAAUAUGGACCAGAAAAUAUCGUUGAUGAAAGUGUGAAGACAUUUUGGAUAGCAGAAAAAAAUGAUGAUAAACAAUGGAUAGAAAUUGAUCUUGUCAAUCAUGGAACGGUGUAUGCUAUUCAAAUAAACUAUCAUGAUUAUCAGUCAAACAUUUAUGGAAAAAUUCCAGGACUACAUCACCGUUAUAUAAUAGAAGGCUCUACGGAUGGUAUCAAUUGGUUGAUUUUGGUGGAUAGAAAAAAUAAUUAUCAGGAUGUGCCCAAUGAUUAUGUUGAACUUGGCUCUCCUCAGACUGUCAGAUAUAUCCGUUACAAAAAUAUCUAUGUUCCCACUUCACAGCUUUCUAUUUCCGAUCUGAGAGUUUUUGGUCGUAGUCAGGGAAAAGCUCCGAUCAAGGUAGAAAAUUUGAUUGUAACUAGACAUAAGGAUCGACGAGAUGCUAUGAUUACUUGGGAUCGACAACAACAGAAUAUCCAGGGAUAUAAUGUUCUGUGGGGAAUUGCCGAAGAUAAAUUAUAUAAUUCAUGGAUGAUCUACGACAGAAAUUCUCUUGAAUUGAAAAGUUUAACAGUGGAUCAAAGCUAUUACUUUUCGGUAGAGGCUUUUAAUGAAAAUGGAGUUUCAGAAAGGGCAAAUAUUGUCAAAAGCGAAUAG